UACUAGGAUCUGGGAGAAGAAAAGCCAGGCAAAUACAAGCACGCAGGCACCACUGGGAGGUUAGAACUUCUAGCCGGCUCUCUGCUGCCGCAGCCCCACCGAAGGGUGGGGGAGGAAGAGGGGGAGCCUUGCCCGGGACUAAACCCACAGCUGAGAGGAGAGGCAGGUGUGUGCAGGUGUGUCACCUGGAUCAUGAGGUCAUCCCUCUGCUGGCUCCUCCCACUUCUCCUCAUCUUGGCCUCAGUGGCCCAAGGCCAGCUAACAAGACGACCAAGACCCAGACCCAGACCCAGGCCCAGACCCAGGCCUACACCCAGCUUUUCUCAGCCCUAUGAGCCACCGGAACCUACAGACCUGCCCCCUCCCCUCCCACCAGGUCCUCCCUCUAUCUUCCCCGACUGCCCCCGGGAAUGCUACUGCCCCUCUGAUUUCCCGUCUGCCCUCUACUGUGACAGCCGCAACCUCCGAAAGGUCCCUAUCAUCCCACCCCGCAUCCAUUACCUCUAUCUGCAGAACAACUUCAUAACUGAGCUCCCAGUGGAGUCCUUCCAAAAUGCCACAGGCCUGAGGUGGAUCAACCUGGAUAACAACCGAAUUCGCAAGAUAGACCAGAAGGUACUGGAGAAACUACCCAGUCUAGUAUUCCUCUACAUGGAGAAGAACCAGCUGGAAGAGGUGCCCUCGGCCUUGCCCCGGAACCUGGAGCAGCUGAGGCUGAGCCAGAACCAGAUCUCCAGAAUCCCACCCGGCGUCUUCAGCAAGCUGGACAGCCUGCUGCUCCUGGAUCUCCAACACAACAAGCUGAGUGAUGGUGUCUUCAAGCCCGACACCUUCCAAGGCCUCAAGAACCUCAUGCAACUCAACCUGGCUCACAACAUCCUGAGAAAGAUGCCACCCAAGGUGCCUGCAGCCAUUCACCAGCUCUACCUGGACAGCAACAAGAUUGAGACCAUCCCCAACGGAUACUUCAAGGGCUUCCCCAACCUUGCCUUCAUUCGCCUUAACUACAACAGGCUGUCAGACAGGGGGCUCCCCAAGAACUCCUUCAACAUCUCCAACCUGCUGGUGCUCCAUCUGUCCCACAACAAGAUCAGCAGUGUGCCUGCCAUCAACAACAAGCUGGAACACCUGUAUCUCAACAACAACAGCAUAGAGAAAAUCAAUGGGACCCAGAUCUGCCCCAACAACCUAGUUGCCUUCCAUGACUUCUCCUCAGAUCUGGAGAAUGUGCCACACCUCCGCUACCUGCGGCUGGAUGGGAACCACCUGAAGCCGCCCAUCCCGCUGGACCUCAUGAUGUGCUUCCGCCUGCUGCAGUCCGUGGUCAUUUAGGCCUUACUCUGCCACCCAGAUCUCCUCUGACCACACUUGAAUGCUGGUGACCCGGGUGCCUGUGCCCACCAUUCGUGUUCUUUAUCUUCCUUUCUCAUUGCCAGCUUUGCCUUUCUCAUCCCAUCUUCCCAAGGCAGGAACUAGCCACACACUCUGCUGCACCUGCAGCUUCUAGAGCAAGUCGUCUAAGGGCUUGAUUUGGUUCAGCCAGCUCAAAGACACCCACUGCACACCCACACUUCUGGCACCAGAAGCAUAGAUGUGUGUCUAAAGACAACUUCUUCUCUCUCCUCCUCUCACUCCUGGGGUAAGUCGGGGCCAUGGGCUGAUAUCUGGAACUUGGUCCUGGUCAAAACAAGGAGAAGGUGGUCAGGAGCAGCCCAGAGGUGAGGUUUUGGAAAGUCCUGCUGCAGACUCCACCAUCACAGGCAGCUACGGCCCAAGCGGGCCCCUUAGCCACAGAUCACACCUUCUAAAACUGCUGCUCCACCGGCCUGUUCACUGGCACCAGACGUUGCACUGGCUCCCUACCAGCCUGGGUUCUCCAGCAAGGAAGUGUAAGGGAGUGGCUGAAGGACGGUGGAGGGUCAGGGUUCCUCACGAGGACCUGCAUCUGGCAGUCUCUUCACAGGGAUAGCUGAGCCUCUUCUACUCAAGAGUAAGAGCAGGAAGGAGCGGUCCAGGAGAAGAACCGCUCCAGGAACUAGGGAUCAGCCGAUGGAGGAGGCGUGGCAGUCAGAGCCCUGGGGAUGGGCCCCUGUGGGUGCAGAUAGAUCUUGCAGCCCCCUUGCCAGUCUGGACAAGAGGCCUGAUGCCCUGAGCAACACAGUGUCCAUAGUGAGGGGUACAGAGCCACCAGCCCAGCCCACCAUCUGUUCUCUAUCAAUGUGGUGGCCCAAUCCUGUCCAAAGCCCGGAAGCAGUUCCUGAGAAAGUGCUCUCAAAGGGGCGGAGCCCCCGGGGGUAGAAGCCUGUUGCGCCGUGCACAGCCGGGCUUCCCCGGCUAAGGCAGAUGCAUCAGUGACACCUGGUGGCUGGUACAGGUCACAGCUGGCUCCUGUCUUCUUGCCUGUCUUCAGGAUGGUUUUACAAGGUUAAGGAGCUGGCCUCAGGUUCCAGCUUGAAGAGCCAUGGGUCAUGUGUGUGGUGUCUCCUCUGGGGUGUACAGGGUGCAAAGGUACUGGUGGCCUUGAGGCCGGGGGGUGGGGGGCUGGUUCCCAUCACAAGUGAGCACAAAUGGGAACCUUCAGGAACCCAGGCGAGGAUGUAGUUUCUUCCUGUGUGCUGUCUGACCUUGUGGUCCCUCUAACUUCUGCCCCCACAUCUGGAUCCCAGAUCUCUCCAGCAUUCACAGUCUGGUCUGUGGCUCCACUCCCUAAACCACACUCGAAUUAUCUACUAUCCCUGCCACUUGCAGUAAGUUAUUCCCUAUACGGACCAUCCCUCCCCUUGAAGAUCCACCACCCCACCCCACCUGGGCCAGGUGAGUGGCUUGGCAGGCCUCCAAGCAGAGCCUGGGUCCCAUAGGGCUCAUUCAUCUUCAUUCCUCUAGGGAAUGUUGCCCCUCUAUAGCUCCCUAGAGUAUAUGUUGGGGAGUGGGGGGAGGUGGAUGCUCUAGAAAUAAGUAGGACACAGUGCCCACCCUCAUUAGGCUGAGAAACAUUCCAGAGAUUUUUAAGAAAUUAGGUUAAGCUAGGACCCUAACCUCAAGAAAUUCCCACAGAAGUCUCUCUCCUUUCUCUUUUGCUCAUUUACAGAAAACAGGGUCCAUUUCCCCUUAGCGUCUUUCCCCAUGCUCCCCUCUAGCUGCCGAUCCUUCCCAGCUACUGCUGGUUUCUCCAAGGCUCCUGUUGAAAGUCAAUAUAUUAUUGUGGCUGUAGGCAACCUGGUACUGAAGCCUGGAUAAGCCCCCACUUCUGCACCAAACUCGCACUUUGCAAUCUCUGCCCCUCGGACGAGGCCCUCAGGGGAGCACAGCUCCUGGGGUUCCUUGAGGGCAGGGGGCAUUUCUGCUCCUGCAAAAUCUAAAUUGUUUUGUUUCAGCAGCAAAACAUCCCCAUCAUCCCAUUGCCCCAUCUAGAUGCAGUCUGCUUCCGCGUUGCUCCCUGCAGCUGUAAGCCAGAGGGGAUUCAGGGGAAGUUCACUUUGCAGCAAAUCCUCUACUCCCCUCUGCCCAGUGCUGACUUCCCUUGGAUUUCAGGAAGCCCCGCCUCCAUAAGCAAGUUCAUUCUCUCGGUGCCAUUGGCAUCUACGCAGACAGGUGUGUGAGUAGAUGUGUAGGUUACUCUACUGCAUCUGUUCUUCCUUCAGAACCAUGUUCACUUUGUGAAACAACUUUUACACUCCAACACGCUUUACAGCAGAAGGAAUAAAGGAAUAUGAAAAAUA